AUGGGCGGCCGGCAGGUGGGUUGUCACAUGGGGGCACUGCGGCCAGCGGGCGAGCAGAGGAAAUGCCCGGGGCGAGGGGGGAGGGGGGCGGAGGAUCAGGUCGGAGUGGAGCGGGAAGGGGAGCCCUGGAGUACUCUCGGCGCGGCCACGCGCGGGGCGCGCCCAUGGGUGCCCGCGGCCGCCGCGGUGCUGCUCGCGGCCGCGCUGGCGGGGCAGCCGUGGCUGGAGGAGGCCGUGGAGGACCUGCGGCUGGCCGCUUGGGGCCCCGCAUGCUCACACCACUGCGAGGCGUUGGGCUCCCCCGCCGCGCGGCGCGCGCUCGUGGCUCUGCAGGGGGCGUACCAGUGGCAGGCGCACCUGGACAUGGACGAGCUCGGCGGCGGGCGCGGCGGCGCGCCCGCCGUGGGCGUGCCCGACGAGGCCGAGGCGUGGACGGCGGACGUGGCCGACGACUUCCAGGACGCCGGGCUCGACGCGAGCAUGGGCGUAUAUGGGAUCACGCCGCAGGCGGCCCUUGCGAUGCUGCGGCACGCCAGGGCGCGCCCAGGGCAGGUCUUCUACGACCUGGGGAGCGGUUGGGGAAAGGUCGCGGCGGCAGCGGCGCUGAUGGGGCUGAGGGCCACGGGCGUGGAGCUGUCAAGAAGGCGUUGGGCCAAGGCGUGUGCUGCCGCUGGUGCCCUGGCGGACGGGCGCGGCGCCGCGCGCCGUGCCAACGGCAGCCUCUCCUUCCUGCGCGGCAGCUUCCUCGAAGUGGACCUCUCGGACGCGGACAUCUCGGAGGUCAUGCGCCAGCUCGGGGUGGCCACGCGGCGCAUGCGCCCGGGCGCCCUGGUGGUGUCCUGGCAGGGGGUGCCCGGCGACCACCUGCACGCGCAGGGGGAGGUGGCGAUGCACACCACCUGGGGCGCCGAGGGCGACGAGCUGACCUUCUACCAGAUCCAGCGGCGCGCGCCUCGCGGUGGCGAGGGGGGCGGCAGCGCGGGGACGGAGGACGCGCCGGGCGCCGGCAAGGGGCGCGGCGCCGGCAAGGGGCGCGGCGCCGGCAAGGGGCGCGGCGCGGCCGAGGGGCGCGGCGCGGGCAAGGGCCGUCCUCGAGAUCGCGCGCUGGAGGGGUGCCCCGGCGGCGGCCCCGACGGCAGGCUGAGCCUGCACCUUGCCGCUGGCGACCAGGCGCCCCGCGGCCGCGGCGGCUGGUGGCACCUUGCGCCUUGGGCGGCCUCUCGGCCGCUCGGCAUCGCAGGCCUUCUGCUGGCCGGGCCGGCCGCGACGGUCUACGUGGUCGCCGCGGCGGUGGCCGACCGCCUGGUCGACGCGGCGAUCGCGUGGCUGCCCAGUCCCCACGAGGAGGGUUGCCCGCACUGCGAGGUACAGUCCAACGCGACGGCCCGGCGGGCGCUGUCCGUGCUGCAGGCCGCCUAUGGCCACAGGGCGGACGAGGACACGGACAAUCUUUCGGACGAGGACCUGGCGGAGGACUAUUCGGGCGCCGACGUGAGCCUGGAGAUGGGCACGUACGGGGAGCUGCUGCCCGUGGCCGUCAUCGCCAUGUUGCAGCACGUCGGGGCGAGCCCCGGCAUGGUGCUCUACGACCUCGGCAGCGGCUGGGGUAAGAUCCCCGCCCUGGCCUGGCUGCUGGGCCUCGACGCCACGGGCGUGGAGCUGUCGAGGGCGCGCUGGCGCCGCUCGUGCGACGCCGCGGCUCGCCUGCGGAGCGCGGCGUCGGGGGCCAGACUGGGAGGCGCCGGGGGCCUGCGGUACGCGCGGGCGGACUUCUUGCAAGUCGACCUGUCUGGGGCCGACAUCGUGUUCACGAACUCCUUGCUCUGGACGCCGGAGGUGAUGGCUGGGCUCGGGGAGGCGACGCGGCGGAUGCGCCCAGGGGCGGUCGUGGUGUCUCACCAGGGCUUGCCAGGCUACCACCUCCUGCACCGCGGGGCGCUGGACCUGCACACGACCUGGGCCGCCGAGGGCGAGCCGACCAGGUACGAGGUGCAGGUCGUCGCCCCGCGCGCCGGCGUCGAGGAGCGGGGGAACGGCGCGCCCGAGAAGGGGGCCGCGCGCAGCAUGAUAGCGGAGGAGACCGCGCGGCAGAAGCUGCUCGACAGGGCAAACAGCAGGAUCGACAGCGUUGGCGCUGGCGUGGGCCACGCGGAGGCGGCCGCGCCGACUGCGCCGAUCUUCGAUUGUCGCGCGUGGGAUAUGCUCACCGAUGCCUGCAGGAAUAAGGCGUUCUCGCCGCCAGUCAAGCACGGCAGGGCAGGGGCGCCGCCACGCCGGAGUCGCAAGUCUGCGAGUUUGGCAUUGCAGUCAGGCUGCCGGGGGCUCGGGGGCGCGAACGCGCCAUUGGCGCAACGGAGCUGGGGCGUCGAUGGGGCCCUCGACGCGAUCGGGCGGGAGCAUUGGAACAUGUGGGCCCGGCGGGGGCUCAGAGCAUCGGACAAGCCGCACUUCGCGCAGCUGCCGGGCGACCCCUGCGCCGCGAUCGCCGCGCCCGGCGGGCAGUUCGGGUUCGCGCCGAGGAGGAGGGGCGGCGCCGCGCGCGACGGCAUCGCGGCGCGGCUUUCCGCGACGACUUACUCUACCGCGGUCGAAGAGGCUCUCGAGGGGCGCAAGGAAGAGGAGAGAAGCCACGCGCGGCUGGAGACAACGAGCCCCGCGUUCGGGGGCAACGCGCUCGACUUGGGAGCGGCGGACAUCGCGGGCGACAUCGCCGUCGCUUACGGGCCCAAUGGCACAACGGAGAAGCUCCAAGGGCUGAUCAUCGCGAAAUGGAACGAUGGACCAGUCGGCCCCAUCAUCGCGGCGGACCUCGCCGUGCACGACGAGAUCAGGGCAAGGAUCGCGGCGGCCAGUAGGCCGCAGUUCAUCGGCGACGUCUACGAGGCGUCGCUCUCCGCCCUCCACGCCCUCCGCCGGGCGCCCGCGGCAAAGCAGGGCCGGGCCACGUUCGAGAAAGAGACCCGCAUCCGGCGGAUGGGCAAUGACGGGGAUUGCAGAUGGAGACGCUCUGCGGGGGGGGUCGCGCCCGGCGGCCUGCUGGACGCGUUCCUCGAAGGCGAGUCUUCCCACUUCCUCUGCCUCGGCGCGCGCGCUCUCCGUUCUGCGGCGCCCGCCGCGCGGGCGGCGCCGCCCGAGUUCCAGCCCGAGGAGUUCGAAACAGAAGGCGGCGCUGCCAGCGCUGACUCGCUCGAGGCACUUCCCGCGGAGUUGCGCGGCAACGAGGCGGCUGGCUGGGCGCGCGCCGUCGGGAACGGCCCCCGCAUCGCGGAGGCCAGGGGGGCGCCGGAAGACGCCGAGAUGGGCGGCGAGAAGGCCAAACCCAAGGCGAAGGCGAAGAGGUUGAAGAAAGCAGGAAAGAUGGCGGUGUAG